AAAAUUUAAGCAAAAUCAAAAAAAGAUUCAAAUUAGCAAGAAUAAACAAGAAUUUCUAAAGCCAAAGAUUAAAAUUUUUAAAUAGGUAUGAACUAUUUCUGUGGAAGUACAAGAGAUAGUAGCAAUAUUGAGAGGCUAAGUCAAAAAGAAUAAUUUUAUAGUGGGAUUAGUAAUAAUUAAUAGUAAAAUUAGACAUAAUAAAACCAAUUAAAUGGUUAUAAUAUGAGUUUCUAUUAGCAAGAUUAAGGACAAAAAAAAGAAAGGUCUUAAAGCGAGAUAGUAGUCAGAAAUUUUGAUACUGCACUUUCUUAUGAAUAUUAAAUGAGUUAGAAAGAUAAGACAGAUGAAGCAUAUCCAAAUAAAAUGGCUAACAGAAGUUCAAGCGCUUCGUCUAAUUCAUUUCUAUUUAAUUAGCAUGGGCAUAAAUAUAGCUUUAAUUCAGAUUUUAUAUCAGAUGAAAAAUAUUUUGAAAAUUAAGUAAAAAGAUCUAGUAAUAAUUAGGCUUUGACAAUAUCUAAUAAUUAGUCUCAAGUUCUCCUUAUUUAAACUGAAUCAAAUAUCAAAGAUUUUGAGAUUAAGAAUAUAAAAGAGAAAAUUUUAGAAGAGAAUAAUAGCGAUAAUAAUAGUAGCUAUGUGCAUAAGUACAAAGAGCCCAAUUAUUCAUCUGCAAAAAAAUAAAUAGAACAGCUAAAUGAGCAUGUCCGCACACUAGAAAAGUAGAAUUAGUUACUUUAGUCAACAAAUAGAAAUUAAAGUUCGACUUCUUUAGAUGUUAAGAAUUAUUAAUUGGAAAGUCAUUCAAAUUUUAUUUCUCCUAAUUCUAAAUAAGAUAGAUUUGUUAAUGAUAUUCUCUAUGAAAAUAAGUAGCUCUCUAUAUCUAUCAAAUAGCUUGAAGAUAAAAUUCAGAACUAUAGAUAUAUUGAUAUUAAAUACAACUAGCUUUAAACAAAAGUUGUACUAUUAGCCAAUCAGCUAGAGUAGACAUCUUAGUUUUUAGAAUAAAGAGGAUUUGAAUCUUAGGAACUGAAAUAGAAAUAUUUUAAAUUAGAAUAAGACUACAUAAAUUUAUAGAAAACGUUAUACUCAUUAAAAGGUUAAAAUACUUAAGGGAGAUCAAUUUAGGAUGUGUUUGAAGAACAAGUUAAACAGUAUCAAUCAGUUGAAAAGUAGAAUUUAUAAUAUAAAAUUCAAAUUAGGGAAUUAGAAGAAUUGUCUUUAAAAUAAUAAGAAUAGCUAACACAAUUAUAAUAAAAAUAUAACAAUUAAGAAUAAACAUAAUAAAUAAAUUUAAAAUUCUUAAAAGAUGAAAAUUCUAGUUUGAAAGUAAAGCUUUAGGAGGAAUAAUAACAAAAAGAACUGUUAAGAAAUAUUUAAGAUAAUAAGCAGGUCCCUCUUUUAAAAUAGCAAGCUUAAUAAAUGAUUGACUAAAUAACAAAAUUGAGUGAUUAGCUUAAGGUGAAAGAUCAAGAUCUGAUUAAAGCAAAAAAUAAUUUAUUAGAGAUUCAAUAUUCAUAAUAGAAUGAAAAUAUUUAGCUGAAAUAAAAAUUAUAGGAAAGUGAAUUAAAUCUCUAGUACUGGAAAACUAAAUGUGCAGACACAGAAGCAGAGAAGAAUAUGUGGAUAUCUUAAUAUAAUUAGUCAGUUCUCAACUAAAUCGCUUAGGAUAAAAAAAUUUAGGAUUCUAAAAUUGAAAUUGAUAAUUAGCAUAAAGAAUAUUUAAAGGUACAAAUAGAUGAAUAGAAAAAAGAAGUUGAUUCCCUAAAGAUUUUAAACUCAAAUUUAUAAUUAGAGAAUAAAAUAUUAAGUGAACAGAUAAACUAACUAAAGGAAUCAGUCACUAGCUUCUAAUAUAAAUCUUAAUUUAAAGACUAAUACUUGGAGUAGAAUUAAUAGAGUAAUUUAGAGGCUUAGAUUUAAUAAUUAAAAUCAGAUUUAUAAACUAAAGAGACUAAAGUAAAAUAAUUACAAUAGUACUUAGGGUCACUAAUCAGAGAUUUAGAAUAACUAAAUUAAAUUGUGAGAUAAGAAAAUUAAGAAAAAUUGAGUAAAAGUAAUAUUGAGGAGCAGUUAAAUUUAGAAUAAGGUAGAAACGAAAUAUUAAGAAAGCAUUGUUAAGAAUUAGAAUUAAAGAUAAAAACUACUUAAAAUAAUUUGGGUUCGAAUUAGAGCAUAGAAAGUACUGAAGAUACAGAAAAAGUAAAAAGAAAUAAAAAAUAAAAAUAAAACAAGUAAGUAGAGCUUGAUAAUAAUAGUAACACAGUUCGAUCUAACUCUAAAAAUGAGGAAAUCUAAAAAUAUAUUCAAUAAUAAGAUUAAAUAAAUAAUUUAGAAAAAUAGAUUUUACAACUUUAAAUAUAUGAAAGCUAAGAUUAGCAAAAUUAAAUUAGAAUUAAAGAGUUGAAUGAGAAAAUAAAUUAACUAUAGCUCUAAAAUUUAGAACUCGAAGACAAAAUUAAACUAAAAAGUAAAGUUGAUACAAUGCUAUCAGCUAACUAAAAUUAAAAUCAAGAGGAUGAAAAAAAAAUGAUAGAUUUGUUAGUUUAAAUUGAAGAGUUAAACAAGAUAAUUAAUUCUUAAAAUUCCAAGGAGUAAUAAUUGAUUGAAGAAAACAGUUUAUUAAAAUCAUAAUUAAAAACACUUUAAGAUCUAUAAAUUCAAAAUGAGGAACUUGUAAAAUUCUAAAAAAAUUAUAUAAAAGAGAAAUAAAUAAUCGAAGAUAGGCUUAAGGAUUUAGAUUAAGUAAUAGAAAAAAACAAUUCUUAAUAUAAAAAUAAGAUAGAAGAACAGAGAAUAACAAUUAAAAAUUUAGAAAAAAGAAUAGAUUUAUUUAAAUCAUAAAGUGUGAAUAACAUCAAAGAUAAAACAAAUUUCGAAUAAGAUUUUUACUCAAUUUAAAACAUAAAUGCAGAGUAUUCUCAGUAAGUAUAAAAAUUAAAAAAUGAAUUAGAAGUUCUUUAAGUCAAGUACAAGCAGUUGUAGGUUGAUAACAGCUAAUUAAAAGUGCAAUCAGAAUAACAGAACAAGGUAUACAGCUAAAAUAAAAAGGAGUUUGGAGAAUUAUAAUUUUAGUUAAAUUAGGCAAACUCUAAAGUCCUUCUUUUAGAAAACCAAAUAAAGCAAAAAAUUGUUGCUGAUAAUGAUAAUGAAAAAUAAUCUGAUACAAUUAAAGGAAAUGAUUACUUUUCAAGUGAAUUGAUAAAACUGCAAGCUGAAUUUAAAAAUUAAGAUAAAAAACUGGAAAUAGAAAAGAACUAAAACUUAAUACUACAAAAUAACAUAAUUAACUUACAAAAGAUAAUAAACUAAAAGCAAUAAGAACUUAAGAAUGAAAAAGAAGAGAGCAAUACAAAAUUUAAUUUACUUGAGUAGAAUGUAAAUGGCUUGAUACAGUAAAAUUAAUCUUUAAAAUAGCAGAUAUCUGAAAAAACUCAAAGUCUUCAAGUUUUGCAGAACAAUUACGACUAAGCAACAAAAAAAUUAAAAGAAAAAGAAAAAAAUAAAGCCUUGGCUUUAUCAUUUGGAAACAAUGAAUUAAGAAUGCAAUAAAUUGAGAUUGAGCUUAAUGAAAAAAAUAACCUUUUAUAGAAUAAAGACCUUUAAAUUAAAAAGCUUAUGUAAGUUUAGGAACUGUAUGAAAAAUAAUAAAAUUAAUUGAAUCAGCUUAUUCAAGAUAGUGCUUGUUUACAGUAAGAGCUUUCUAGGUCAAAAGAAGAAUUUAAUAAAAAAGUAUAGGAAUAAAUAGAUUUAGAAAGCUAAAUAUUUAAUUACAAAGAACAAAUUUUCAAACUUGAGUUAUAAUUGAAAAAAUAUUAAAGUAAUUUAAAUGUUGAUAAUAUAUCAAGUGCUUCAAAUACUCUUUAAGAUUAAAAUGAUUAAAGAAGUUAGGAUCUGUUAAAUUAAAUUUAAAGGAUAAACAGUUAAAAUAUGCAGUUAAAAUAAAGCUUAGAUCUUGUAAUUGAACAAAAUAAUAAACUAGCUGACGAAGUUUUAUUAUAAAAAAAUUAAAUGAAUUCAAUGAAUCAAUAAAUUCUUUAAUAUUAAUAAACUAUUUCUCAACUUGAAGAUGAGUAAAAUGAAAAAACCAAAAAAUCGAAGAAAAUAGAUAUGCACAGCAACAAUUUAGAAUUAUAAAUUAGAGAACUUGAAGAUUAAAUAAGAUCAAAAGAUUUAUUGGUCAAUAGUAUCUAACUAGAAUUAGAUAAUUAUAGAAUUACUUCUAGUUAAAAACUAAGUAGCAUUUAGAACUAGGUUGAUGAAAAAACAAAGAAAGUAGAAAAAUUAGAAUAAAUUUAUUAAGAGAGUGAAAAAAACUUUUAAAAACAUCUUGUUGAAUUAAGCAAGAAAGAUUAAGCUAUUAAAAAUUUAUAAAUCUAAAUGAGUGCUUUAGAAAGUAAAAAUCUUCAUGUGGUUAAUGAUCUCAAUUUGAUUUAAUAGAGAGAAGCAACUUUAAACACUUAAGUGAAGUAGUUAGUUCAAGAAAAUAGCUAGUUAAGAGCAUAAAAAAUAAUUUCAGAUGCAAGUCAAAUGAAUUUGAGUGCUCUUAUUAAAGAAAAUUAAAUUUUAAAAGAACAGCAUUUAACUAAAAUUGCUCUAAUUAAAUAUUAAGUUAAAAAUUUAUUCAAUCACGAACUUAAAUAAUCAAUUGAAAAAGUAAAACAAAUAUCUCUACAAAAAGAAUAAUAGCUUCAUGCGACUAUAUAAAUACUUUAGCAAUAACUUUAAGAAGAGAAGAGCAAGUAUGAAUCUCUUCAAACUACGUAUACUUCUCGAAAUAAAAAAAGCUAAGAACAUAUUAAUGCUGAUGAACUUAAAUAAAAUUAAAUUAUAAUAUCAAAUAAAUAUCAAUCUACUGAUUUAAUUUUAGACCCCUAAUAAAUUUUUUCUACCCUUUCUUAAGUGGUAAAUGAUAAUACUUCUCUUAAGAAGUUUAUUGAAGAAAUGUCAGUAAAGAUUUUGCAGAUGCAAGAAACUUUGCAUAACUCAUUAGAGCUUCUAUGGAAAGAGUAAAAUGUUUUUAUGUCAUGCAAUUUAGACACACAAGAAGAGUAAACUAAUUCAUCGAUUUAGCAUCAUCAAAUUGAAAAAUAGGUUAAGUAAAUUAUUUAAAACUUAAAUUAAUUGAAGAUGCAUAAAGAUGAAUAAAAUGUCUCUUCUGGGAACUUAAAUUAUCAAGAUUCAUCUUCUUUACCUAUAAGCCUGCAAGCUAUUAAUAAGUAACAAGAAGAUGAUGGUAAUAAUCAAAGCUGCUUACUAAAAUAAAUAACUCAAUUUACUUAAUAUACUUAAUAAGAACUUGAAAAUGUUGUCCAACAAAUUGAAUUCUUAGAAAAAUAAAAUAAAUUAUUAAAGAAUUAAUUAUAAAAUACACAAAAAGAAAACAACAAAUUACUUAUAGAGUUAAAAGUUGUUAAGGAGCAAUAUAUAAAUACCAAAUAUUCAACCAUUUUACAUUCAUCAAUAAUGAAACAAGAAGGAGAAUAAUCAUAAGAGCUUAAAGAGUAGAACUAAAAUAUUCUUUAAUAAUUAAGUAAUACCAACAUUUCAGAGGAAUAAAAAAUAGUUUAUUUGAUGAUGCAAAAUAAAUAAUUGAUUGAAAUGAUCAAAACUUUUUAAAUAAAUGAAGCUAAGAGAAGUGAAUAAUUAAAUUCCAGCAAUAUUUAAUUAUAUAUGGCUUUAAAGGAUAUAGCAAAUUUUAAAUCUAAAAACUUUAAUUUUGAAACAAAAAUACCAUUUUUUGAAAGCGAAUAAUCUAUUAUUUGA